GUGGCCAAUCUUUCUUACAAUUUUACCGUUUGGGUAUUUCUUAUCUUCUCCUCGACUCACGAGACGAUCACGAAGAAAUAAGAGCAACAGAGAGACAGAGACAGAGAGAGACAAAGAAACAGAGCAAAAAAUGGCGGCUUCAAUUAGCGGAGUUGGAGUUGGAGUUGGGUUGGGGCUAUCUUGUUCUACUAAGCUUUGUAAAACACUUCCUUCUCAACGAUCUUCUGGCUUCCGCGUCAAAAUGACCGUCUCUGUUGAAGAUAAGAAGAAGAAUUAUACCCUUCAAAAAUCUGAAGAAGCUUUCAAUGCUGCCAAGAAUUUGAUGCCAGGAGGUGUAAAUUCUCCUGUCCGUGCCUUUAAAUCUGUUGGUGGACAACCGAUUGUGAUUGAUUCUGUUAAGGGUUCUCACAUGUGGGAUAUAGAUGGGAACGAGUAUAUCGACUAUGUUGGCUCCUGGGGCCCAGCAAUAAUUGGUCAUGCAGAUGAUGAGGUCCUUGCAGCCCUGGCUGAAACAAUGAAGAAAGGAACCAGCUUUGGUGCUCCUUGUCUUCUUGAGAAUGUUUUGGCAGAGAUGGUAAUCUCAGCUGUUCCUAGCAUUGAAAUGGUUCGAUUUGUAAACUCUGGUACAGAAGCAUGCAUGGGUGUGCUCCGCCUUGCUCGUGCCUUUACUGGUCGAGAAAAGCUCAUCAAAUUCGAGGGUUGUUACCAUGGCCAUGCUGAUCCAUUUCUUGUCAAGGCAGGUAGUGGAGUUGCUACCCUAGGGCUGCCUGACUCUCCUGGUGUUCCCAGAGCAGCCACUUUUGAAACGCUAACUGCCCCUUUCAACGACAUAUCAGCUGUGGAAAAUCUCUUUAACAGUAACAAAGGAGAACUUGCAGCAAUUAUUCUUGAGCCUGUUGUUGGGAACUCUGGCUUCGUUCCACCUAAACCUGACUUCCUUGAAGCCAUACGUCGUCUAACCAAGGAAAAUGGUGCUCUCCUCAUCUUCGAUGAAGUGAUGACUGGAUUUCGUUUGACUUAUGGUGGGGCUCAGGAGUAUUUUGGCAUAACUCCUGAUUUAACAACUCUAGGGAAGAUAAUUGGCGGUGGUCUGCCAGUUGGUGCAUAUGGAGGAAGGAAGGAGAUUAUGGAGAUGGUAGCACCUGCAGGGCCAAUGUACCAGGCUGGGACCUUGAGUGGCAACCCAUUGGCAAUGACCGCUGGGAUUCAGACCCUUAAGCGGUUGAAGGAGCCAGGAACUUAUGAAUACUUAGAUAAGAUCACUGGAGAACUUGUUCAAGGCAUUAUAGAUGCUGGAAAGAAGACAGGACAUGCAAUCUGUGGAGGGUAUAUUAGUGGGAUGUUUGGAUUUUUCUUCACAGAAGGGCCUGUAUACAACUUCGACGAUGCAAAGAAGAGUGAUACAGCAAAAUUUGCGAGGUUUUAUAGGGGAAUGCUGGAGGAAGGUGUAUACUUUGCACCUUCACAGUUUGAAGCUGGAUUUACAAGCUUGGCGCAUUCUUCUGAAGACAUUCAAAAGACAAUUGCAGCAGCUGAGAAGGUUCUUGGCAUGAUUUAAGGUGUCGAUUGCAUUAUAUUUUGACAACUGGUUGUUGAUCCUGUC